AAGCACAUGAAAGGUUUCCAAGGAGAGUCCCUUUUGUGUAAUGAUGCAAAUUGAGCUGAAUGGCAAGCAUCAUUUCUGAGGUGACAUCUGUGGAUCAAGUCAGAAAAAUCCAAAGGCUGCACAUCAUGGUGAGCCAGAGAAUCAGACAAAACUAUACAGUCAGUCAGAAGAACAGUGGGAAAGAGGAAGCAGCAACACAGAUGAGAGAUGCAGAGAAUGUCCUGAUAACGUUUGAGCUUCUGGUUCCAGUGGUUCCUCCUACAUGUGAUACUAUUAACAUUGGAGAUGUAUCCUACAAGUUGAAAACUCCUAAAAGCCCGGAACUUGUGCCACAGAACUACAUUUCAGAUUCUCUGGCUCAGUCUGUAGUUCAACAUCUAAGAUGGAUUAUGCAGAAGGACCUUUUGGGACAAGAUGUCUUUCUAAUAGGACCUCCUGGGCCCCUUCGAAGAUCAAUUGCUAUGCAGUACCUGGAACUGACCAAACGAGAGGUUGAAUACAUUGCCCUGUCAAGGGACACUACAGAAACAGAUCUUAAACAGCGUCGAGAGAUUCGUGCAGGCACGGCUUUUUAUAUCGAUCAGUGUGCAGUUCGUGCAGCCACAGAAGGCAGAACCCUUGUAUUAGAAGGCUUGGAAAAGGCAGAGAGGAAUGUUCUACCUGUUUUGAACAACCUGCUGGAAAACAGGGAGAUGCAGCUUGAAGAUGGACGUUUCCUGAUGUCUGCUGAGCGUUAUGACAAACUUCUCCAGGAUCAUACCAAAACAGAGUUGGAUGCCUGGAAGAUUGUUCGAGUCAGUGAAAAUUUCCGAGUAAUUGCCUUGGGCUUACCAGUACCUAAGUACUCUGGGAAUCCCUUAGACCCCCCACUUCGUUCUCGAUUUCAAGCCAGAGAUAUUUAUUAUCUACCCUUCAAGGACCAACUUAAACUAUUAUAUUCAGUUGGACCCAAUGUUUCUGCUGAAAAAAUUUCUCAGCUCCUGUCUUUUGCUACCACUCUCUGUUCCCAAGAAUCUUCUACUCUUGGCCUACCAGAUUUUCCUUUGGAUACUUUACCAGCUGCAGUUCAAAUCCUGGAUUAUUUCCCGAUGAUGUCUUUCAAACAUGCAAUCCACUGGCUUUACCCAUACACUCUCUUACUAGGACAUGAAGGGAAGAUGGCUGUGGAAGAUGUUUUAAAACGUUUUGAACUCCAAGAUUCAAGUACCUCAGUGCUUCCUAAGGAGAUUGUGCGAGUGGAGAGGAUGACUGAAAACCGUGUCUCUCAGGCUCUUGUGACUGUCCAGAUUGCAGGAAAAGAGGUCACCAUUAAGGUGCCAGCUGGAACCAGACCAUUAAAUCAGCCUUGUGCAUCCGACUGUUUUAUACAGACGUUAAGCCAUAAGCAACUACUGGCUGAAAUGAUGCAGUCUCACAUGGUUAAGGACAUAUGUUUAAUCGGAGGAAAAGGUUGUGGAAAAACAGUCAUUGCUAAGAACUUUGCAGAUACUUUAGGAUACAACAUAGAACCUAUCAUGCUCUAUCAGGACAUGACAGCACGUGAUUUGCUGCAGCAGAGAUACACUCUUCCUAAUGGAGACACUGCAUGGAGGUCUUCGCCCCUUGUAAAUGCUGCUAUAGAAGGAAAGCUGGUCCUCUUGGAUGGCAUUCACCGGGUCAACGCAGGCACCCUGGCUGUAUUGCAAAGGUUAAUCCAUGAUCGAGAGCUGAGCCUUUAUGAUGGCUCCAGACUGCUAAGAGAAGACAGAUACAUGCGUUUAAAAGAGGAGCUACAAAUGUCUGAUGAGCAACUACAGAAGAGAUCCAUUUUUCCUGUGCACCCCUCCUUCAGAAUCAUUGCCUUGGCAGAGCCCCCAGUUAUAGGAAGCACAACACAACAGUGGCUGGGACCAGAGUUCUUAACCAUGUUCUUUUUCCAUCACAUAAAACCACUUGUGAAAAGUGAAGAAAUCCAAGUAAUUAAAGAAAUGGUUCCAAAUAUACCUCAGGAAGCUUUGGACAAAUUGUUGUCAUUUACACACAGUCUCAGAGAGACACAAGAUCCCACGGCUCAGUCUUUGGCAUCAUCACUUUCGACCAGACAACUAUUGCGGAUCUCUCGUCGACUGUCACAAUACCCCAAUGAAAAUCUUCACAGUGCUGUUAAUAAAGCCUGCCUUUCCAGGUUUUUACCAACCCUUGCAAGGUCAGCCUUAGAAAAAAAUCUGGCAGAUGCUGCAAUAGAAAUAAACACUGAUAAUACUCUGCAAUCAGAUCUAAAGGAUUACAAAUGUGAAGUGGCAUCUGGGUUUCUGAAGAUUGGAUCUGUGAGAGCACCCAUCUAUAAUGCCCAUGAAAAAAUGAAAGUGCCUGAUGUUCUAUUCUAUGACAACGUCCAGCACAUGAUAGUCAUGGAAGAUAUGCUCAAAGACUUUCUUCUUGGAGAGCACCUGUUAUUGGUUGGUAACCAGGGUGUAGGAAAAAACAAGAUUGUCGAUAGAUUCCUUCACCUGCUCAACAGACCCCGAGAAUAUAUCCAACUGCACAGGGACACCACUGUACAAACCCUUACUCUUCAGCCUUCUGUUAAAGAUGGACUUAUUGUGUAUGAAGACUCACCUUUGGUUAAAUCAGUAAAGAUGGGUCAUAUUUUGGUAGUAGAUGAAGCAGACAAGGCCCCAACAAAUGUAACCUGUAUUUUAAAAACUCUAGUAGAAAAUGGAGAAAUGAUUCUUGCAGAUGGGAGACGCAUUAUUGCAAAUUCUGCUAAUGUGAGUGGAAGAGAAAAUGUUAUAGUGAUCCAUCCUGAUUUUAGGAUGAUUGUUCUGGCCAAUAGACCUGGAUUUCCUUUCCUAGGCAAUGAUUUCUUCGGUACCUUAGGUGAUAUUUUUAGCUGCCAUGCAGUUGAUAAUCCUAAACCCCACUCAGAGCUUGAGAUGCUCAGGCAGUAUGGACCAAAUGUGCCAGAGCCCAUCCUUCAGAAGCUUGUAGCUGCCUUUGGAGAGCUGAGAAGUUUAGCAGACCAGGGGAUUAUUAACUAUCCUUAUUCCACCAGGGAAAUUGUCAACAUAGUCAAACAUUUACAGAAAUUUCCCACUGAAGGUCUCUCCACUGUAGUUAGGAAUGUUUUUGACUUUGAUUCCUACAAUGAUGACAUGAAGGAGAUUUUAACUAAUACUUUACACAAAUAUGGGAUACCUAUCGGAGCAAAACCUACCAGUGUGCAGCUGGCGAAGGAGUUGCCUCUGCCUGAGCAGACAUUCAUGGGCUACUGGACAAUUGGCCAGUCAAGAAGUGGAAUGCAAAAACUGUUGUGUCCUGCAGAAACUGAUCACAUAGGCAUAAAGGGUCCAGCACCUAUAAACAUUCAAGAGUAUCCUAUAGAAAGACAUGAAGAAAGAUCCCUAAACUUUACUGAAGAGUGUGCCUCCUGGAAGUUACCACUGGAUGAAAUUAAUUUAAUCUGUGACGUUGCUACAUCACGUGAAAAUGAGGAAAACACCCUCUACGUAGUUACAUGCAAUCCUGUUUCCUUAUACUUUAUGAAUACGACUGUGAAAAAAAGUGGCUACUUUGUGGACCUUUAUGACAUCUUUCCACGAGCAGCCAGUGGAGUCUGGCAUCCAUUUGUGACAGUGGCACCGCUGGGAAAUCCUCUGAAGGGUCAAGUGAUCCUCCACGAGCAGGAGAGCAAUAUCAUCCUAUUGCUAGACACCACCAACCAAACCCUUCGUCGUCUCAUCCUCCCUUCAGAAGAGAUGACAUCCAAGAAACCUUCUGGGUGGAACAGGUUCCAGCAGGAAAUUGAAACUUACAAAAUGUGUAAAGAAUUUUCACACCAAAACUGGCUAGUAUUCUACAAAGAAAAAGGGAACAGCCUGACUGUGCUGGAUGUCCUAGAAGGGCGAACUCACACCAUCUCACUUCCCAUCAACCUCAAGACAGUUUUUCUCGUGGCAGAGGACAAAUGGCUUCUAGUGGAGAACAAAACAAAUCAGAAAUAUCUUUUAACUAAGCCUGCACACAUCGAAUCUGAGGAUAGUGGCAUCUGCCAGUUGUAUUUGUUGAAAGAGGAGCCUCCUAGCACAGGAUUUGGAGUUACACAAGAAGCAGAUUUCAGCAUACCUCAUACAAUUUCAAGUGAUCAACUGUCAUCUGAAAAUCUAAGUUCAGCUGUGGGACAAAAGAUUGCUUCUCCUAACCGAAUUCUCUCAGAUGAGCAAAAUUAUGCUACAAUUGUCAUUGGUUUUCCAGAUCUCAUGUCACCCAGUGAAGUUUAUUCUUGGAAAAGGCCGUCAUCUUUACAUAAAGCAGGAAUCACUGAUACAGUAUUCUAUGGAGGAAAGAAGAAAAAUGGAACUGCAAAACAGAGCAAUUGUGUGACUCUUUUGGAUACUAAUCAGAUAGUCAGGAUUGUGCCUCCAGGAGAAGUUCCUCUAAAAGAUAUCUACCCAAAAGAUGUUACUCCUCCACAAACAGCUGGUUAUAUUGAAGUCACUGAUCUUCAAGUAAAGAAACUCAGAUACAUUCCGAUCCCCAGCUCAGACUCUCUCUCGCCAUAUACCACAUGGCUGUCUACUAUCUCAGACACAGAUGCUCUCCUGGCUAAGUGGGGCACAGGUGGUGUCGUUACUGUUGACAUGGGAGGUCGUGUCAGGCUUUGGGAAACUGGACUGGAACAUCUGCAGCGAUCACUCAUGGAAUGGAGAAGCAUGAUUGGGCAAGACGGUGAAAGAGAUAUUCAGAUAACAAUCGAUAGAGAGAGCGGUGAAGACGUGAGCUCCCCCAAACAUGGGAAGGAAGACCCAGACAACAUGCCACACGUGGGCGGCAACACUUGGGCUGGUGGAACAGGAGGAAGAGACACAGCAGGUCUGGGUGGCAAAGGAGGUCCCUACCGGCUGGAUUUAGGCCACACUGUGUACCAGGUCACAGAGGUUGAGAAAGAUGCUGUUCCUGAGGAGGUGAAGAAAGCUGCUAGAGAGAUGGGCCAGAGAGCAUUUCAACAGAGGCUAAAAGAGAUCCAAAUGAGUGAAUAUGAUGCCGCAAGCUAUGAAAGGUUUUCGGGGGCUGUUCGGCGACAGGUGCACUCCCUUCGUAUCAUUCUGGAUAACUUACAGGCUAAAGGUAAAGAAAGACAAUGGCUAAGACAUCAAGCUACUGGGGACCUAGAUGAUGCCAAGAUCAUUGAUGGGCUGACUGGAGAAAAAGCCAUCUACAAACGUCGGGGAGAUCUGGAGCCACAACUGGGUAGCCCCCAACAGAAGCCCAAGCGCCUGCGCCUGGUGGUGGAUGUGUCUGGCAGCAUGUACCGCUUCAACGGGGUAGAUGGCCGGCUCGAGCGCUCAAUGGAGGCCGUGUGUAUGGUCAUGGAAGCCUUCGAGAACUAUGAGGAUAAGUUCAAGUAUGACAUCGCUGGACACUCUGGAGAUGGCUUCAACAUUGCUCUAGUGCCAAUUAACAAAAUCCCCAAGGACAACAAGCAAAGACUAGAGAUUCUGAAGAUAAUGCAUGCCCAUGCUCAGUUCUGCAUGAGUGGGGACCACACACUAGAGGGGACAGAACAUGCCAUCAAGGACAUUAUCAAAGAAGAAGCUGACGAAUACUUUGUGAUUGUCUUAAGUGACGCGAACCUAUCACGAUAUGGAAUACAUCCUGCCAAGUUUACCCAAAUCCUGACAAGCAACCCUCAAGUAAAUGCUUUUGCCAUUUUCAUUGGCUCUUUAGGUGAUCAAGCAACCAAGCUUCAGAAAACUUUACCAGCUGGUCGGUCUUUUGUCGCCAUGGAUACCAAGGACAUCCCUCAGAUUUUACAACAGAUCUUCACCUCCACCAUGUUGUCCACUAUCUAAGAAAUGCCCUUCAUCACCCUGGUGACCCUGUGAUUUUAAAUAAGCUAGGAAUAAAGAGAACUCUAAAGAAAAGACAUCUAUAAAGUGAACCAUGCAGUGAUGGAAUAAUUCUGGCAUUCCUGGGUCUUCCAACACUUGCUCAGAAUUCAGGAAAGUAGCCAGAGGGAGGUUUGUGCAUGGAAAUCUACAAUUGCUAAUGGGUUACAAAUCACUCAAGAAAAGUUGACCUGCAUUUUAUAAAAGGUCAGGGUUAAAGGAAGAUGAUUUGUGACUUGGUCUGUUUCCAGAAACCUGAGGGGGAAAAGGACACUUGGUUUUUGCCUUAACACAUCCUCUUGGGCACCUAAGAUAACAAAAGUGGCCCCAUCCAGGAGCUUUGAUGCUACAUUCUGACAUCGAGAUACAGGUCUGUGGAAACACACCCAAACAGUUCCUGGUCAAUAAUCAUUUUUAUUUUCUCCUCUACUCUGGGUUGCCCAGCGAGCAAUGAUCUUAUAGUAUUUAGCCCAUUAAAAAGACCUUCUAACAGCAAUAUUUUAUAUAAGGUUUGAUUUUCUCAAUAAUUCCAUUUUCUUGGCCAAAGCCAAAAGGAAUCAAAAGAUCCUUGGAUUGCUUCCUUUCCCACAUGACUUUUUAAAAGACUCUUUAAAUAAUAAAGAGCGAAUGUUCUGUUCUCCAUGCUACCCCAGUAGAAGGAUAAAGGAUGUCUUGCCUGAGUUCCCUGUUUCUUCUGCUGCUUCUCAUCUUGGUAUCCAAAGUUUAAUAUUCAAAAUAACAAAUGCUUGUAAGAAAAAAAUCGGUAACAUUCACAUAAAAUAACUUAAAGCAAGUAAAAAGAAGGCACUGUGUUUGAACUGAACGGUAGAGGUUUCUUUGACUAUAACCAAAAGUGUCCUUUUGAAGGCCUCAAUAUUUUUUUAAAUUGUACCUUAUUCCACCCUCUCUUGGACUGACCUUUAUUUGUCAAUAGGCGCAAUGUCACAGUUUAAAAUCAAACGUUUCAGUAGGAGUCAGCCUCUUCAACCACAUGGUAAAGGCUCACUCACCACUGAUGGCAAGGUCAGAAACACUGGGGCACUUGUGUGCACACGGUCCUAUGAGUUAGAAAUCCAAGUUGUUCAUGAUGUUACCUUUUACCCAGACUUAGUGAAAUUGUACAGAUCCAUUCCAUUUUAAUCAACUAUAAGAAAGCAAAGAUAGCAACAACAGCAGCAGCAGCUAGUAUUUACUGAUUACUAACUAUAAAGCAGGUAUGUUAAGCGAUUUCAUAAACGAUUCCAUUCAGUCUUCACAACAAUACUUGCAAAAAUAGGUAUUUUUGCCACAUUUUACAGUAAAGUGAGAUUCAGAACGUGUCACUUUUCCAAGAUUCCCUGUACUAGACUAUUGACUAACCACCGUACUCAAACAUCUUCACUUUACAAAUAAAUUAAGAAUUAGAAAAUUUCAAGGAAAUGGGCCAUGCAGGCAGGUAGGCCUGGAGUGGGCUGACCCUCUCCUUCUUCUUUGCUCACAAACCUAGUCUUUCCCCUUUCUCCAUUACAGUUUCUCUUCUUGUAGGCUAACCCCAUGCCUUCUUCUCCCGUCAAAAUAAUCAUCUGCACAUAUUAGGACUCUCGAGGGUGGGUGUGGGGACCAAGGAAAUGGGGCCCUGCUAGGGAAGAUGUUUGAGCACUCCCCCCUGGACACAGCAGCCAGCUGAACAAGUGCCCGUCCAGGAACCAGCUUAGCCCCCGUGCGCGCCUCGUGGCCAGAGGCCCAGCCCCUGAAAGGCUUUGGAAGUUGAACCUGAAGAUGAGUAGCAGAAGAGCCUUCUAACAAGUUCCCCGUAUGCAACUACCUGAGUGAGCAGCAGCCAUUUCUUUCACUUGGAAAGAAUGUUCAAGUCAUUUCACUUCCUUUUCCUCACUGGGGAGACAUCCUUUGCAAUUGCUAUUUUGUUUUAAACCAUAACUUCUGGCUUUACUUAAAGAGGAAGAUGAUGAUAAGGGAGGGUGUAGAAAGUGAGAAGAUGAAGAGCUUAUUUUUACUUAUUGCAACGCCUCAGAAGUUUAUGCCUUUAUUAUUAAAUGUACUUAAUUAUAGGCCACUGCAAGCUGUUCCCAGGCCCUUCUUAGGCCAGAACGAUAUAAUAAAUGCAUUGUGUGCCUCAGGGGGGUACUAUUGAAAGGCGUCUAAACCGGCUCCAUAGUGAGCCCCUGUAAUGCUGACAAAGUUCAUUGUUGCCCCUGAGCAGCCAGGAGGAGUGAAAGCCCUGAAUGGGCAGCAGAUGAUGCACACUCCCCCUGGAGUCCUUUGUGCCCCCCAAAAAUGACCUCAUCACACACAGGCAGCUGGAGCAGCACCACAAGAAGGGGAUGGAGGAGGAGCGCUCGAGCCUUCGCUUGCUGGAAUCAAUCAUCCAGUCUUUACACUGCGCCCUUUCCUGUGAACUGUCAGAGGAGGAGAAAUCCAUCACUGCCAGCAAGCACGGCUCUAAACUCCAGGGCUUUGAAAGCCAUUUAGAAAUGGGUUCCCAUAGACAGCCCUGCCAGUGUUCCUGAAAGGCCAGCUCCACCUGGCUUCUUCCUGGGCUGUCACAUCAGUCAAAAUUAAAUUCCUCCGUGAACAAAGCAGAGAGAAAGGGAGUGAGGGAACAAGAGGAGCUGCCUCGUGUGUUGCGUUUCUAUUGGUUUCCAACAGCCAAAAUUGUAAGAGGUGUCCCACCAAGCUCUCAGCCAGUAUCUCCCACCUGGACAAUUUUUCUCAGGAACUGCAUCUCCAGAAUAGUCAAAUGUUCACCAGUAUUUAGUAAAUUGAUCCUAGUUCUUUUCGUCUUCAAUAAAAUGUCCACGUUCAAGACAUUACUCCAACCUGUAACACGUGGCUGCUUUUCUGCCCCAUUCUAGUCAGCAUCACAAAGUUCUCACCUAUUGCCUUUCCUUUACCUUUCUCUAGACUUACUACGGCCAGAAGUACCACAGGUAAUAGAAAGGAAUUCCAGUCUUCCAUCUCACAGUGGAAAGAUUUACAGGCUCUAAGUAGAGUUAGUAAAAAAAAAAAAAAAAAAACAACAACAAACCUCAGACGUGCUCAGCCGUUAACUACCUGUGUGAACUUGGGUCGUCACUUUGGGUCUCACUUGCUUUAACUAUGAAUUAAAGGUGUUGGACAGAAUGCUCUCUGAACACUGCAGUCCCGUGUUUCUAUUUCUCAUACAAUGAAUUGACUUUGUCCCUGUGUGUCUUACAAGAGCCACGUCCUUCCAGCGUAGUAUCUCUUUCUCCGGAACCCACAUCCAUCUCAGCCUCUUGUACAAAGGAUCUUAGCACCUGGAUCAAGUGCCCUAACAAAAUUGCGUUACUCAUUGACUAUGCAUCCUCAAAGUUACAUAAACACUAGAAUUGCACAAAAGGGGCUUUCCCCCGUCGGCUAGACAGAUAUUUCUGUUGGAUAAUAAUUCACGAGAUUUCUGCCCAUUGUCUCUUUGUUCUCUGCUGCUUUAAAAUUCCGUAUCUGCUGAUCUGCACGGUGGGAUCAAAAAGAAUCAGGAAUCGGAAAAGUACUGGGUGCCAGGAGCUGACCUUUGUGCCGAGGCUGAACAAUGCACAAUUGUGCGCAUGGUUCUGUUUUUGUUUUUUUUUUUUUAAUUGUUAAAUCCUGUAAACAAAAUCUCCAGAAGGGGGGAAAUGCUUGCCAAGCUAACCUCUCAAGCUGAAAAUGAUUGGACACUCUUCGAGACUAGGCACUGUCUGGGGUUUUCACCUUCAAACAGAGGCCGCAUCUGUUCUUGCGCAGCCCUGCACGCUGGCUCUGGGGUGCCAGGGCUUUGGAAUUUCCAAAUUGAGUGGUAUUUGGCUGCUAUGUAAAGAAUGACACUUCUUUGAGGUGGUUUGGGAGUCGAGAACGUCAUGUUCUGCUCACAAUCUCAUCAAGGAUCACGUCAACUCUAGGGGCCAUCGUCCACAGCGCGCAGCCCUCCCCUGAGCAGGCCCAGCACCCCGGUUCUCUCCUUGCAGGCUUCAGCACAUGGAGCUGCCGGCUCCUCCCUGAAGGAACAGCACUUGUCAAACAACUGACACCUGCGGUGGCGAGUGUGACCCCAGAGGAGUGUUAGAUAGAAGGAUUUAUUAAAAUUACAUGCAACUCAGAAGUAUUACUAGUGGCAGCUGGAGUUUGACCUGGAAAUGGAAAGAAACAGUGCCUGUAUGAACAUCCCAAAGCAAGUGGGUCUCCUUAUGCAGGCCAGAUGUGAUGAGAAAAAUAAGGAGUCUGCCAAGAGUGCUGAGUGUAAUUGGUCUCAUAGUGCCAUCCAUGAAGCCUUGGUAAUUGAAACUUGAAGAAAAUAGUAUAUUUACUAAGGGCAUUAACAUUGAAUUUAAAAUGUAUUAUAU